AUGAGUCGAAGGAAAAAUUUGAAUUCUGAUGAUAUUCAACAGUUUCUCGAAAUUCCUUCCGGUAGUGAAGAUGACCUGGAACUGUCUGAUGAGGACAGCGAUGACGAUUUGAUCAGAAUCCAGGAUUUGGUGUUGAACGAAGUGGAGACGUGCCCUGAAGUACUACAGGAUGAUUUCUUCGAUGAGAACGUGAGCAUACCUAGUCCAAGGUCAAGCAGUAGUAUGUUAGUGAUUCAGCCAACAAGCAGUUCUUCUAACACAGCCAACGUUGCAUCACAACCUAGUACUUCCAGGCAAGUAAAUCCUAGAUCCAGCCGAGUAGCAUCACGACCUCAAGCAGUACCUACUCCCCGCAUCAUUUCACCUUCCCCACAGCCUGUCAGGCCUGCCAGGCCAAAACCUAAGAGAGAAUACAUAUGGCGGAAGAUGGACUUUCAGCCACCUGAUACCACAUUUACUGGCGUUGACGUGUUGGAACAACCAUAUACUACAUUUGAAACACCUUUGCAGUACUUUUUGCACUUUUUUGACGACGAUUUGUUGGAUCACAUUGCUGAAGAAUCUACUAAAUACAGCAUACAGAAGGAUUGCUCAAAGCCAGUUUUGGUUACAAAGACGGAACUCAAAAAAUAUUUAGGCAUCUGUCUCUUGUUAGGACUGGUGCCACAGCCAAACAUUCGCAUGUUGUGGAAUUCUAUAUUAGGUAUACCACUUAUAAUUGAAACGAUGACACUCGGUAACUUUGAAAAAUUACGAAGUGUCAUACAUUUCAAUGACAACAUAAAUUACAAACCUAGAGGAGAGCCAGGACACGACAGACUUUUCCGUAUUAGACCCUUAUUGGAAACAUUGAGAAAGAAAUGUCAAGCUGUGCCGAAACGAGAGACACUUUCGGUGGAUGAGCAAAUGUGCGCUACCAAAGCCUGCAACUUCCUCCGCCAGUAUCUCCCGAACAAACCUCAUAAGUGGGGAUACAAGUUGUUGGUGUUGUGUGAUGAUAAAGGUUUUGCUUAUGACUUUGAAAUCUACUCCGGCGCAGAAAAUGAUCCUGAGUUGAGGCUGCCCGACGAAUGUGAUUUAGGAGCGAGUAGCAACAUUGUUGUACGCCUAUGUCGCAGUGUUCCAAGAAAUCAAAAUUAUAAGAUCUUUUUCGAUAAUUAUUACACGUCUCCUGAAUUGAUUUCUUACUUGGCUAAAAAAGGCAUUCAUACAUUAGGCACCGUGAACAAGGGUCGUAUGGGGAUGACUUUGAAAAUGCCAUCUCAAAAAGAAUUGACGGCCGCUACAAGGCCGCGCGGCUAUUCAGAAGGAUGGGUGGCUACUGUUGAUGCAGUACCAGUCUCAGCAGUGCUGUGGCUAGACAGCAAAUCUGUUGUUCUCGCAUCUUCUUUUGUCGGUGAACAACCUAAAUAUAAAGUAAAACGUUUCUGUAAGAAACGUAAACAAUACACAGAAGUCAACGCCCCAAAUAUUAUUGGACAUUACAAUCGGCAUAUGGGCGGAGUAGAUCUCCUUAACUCUUUCAUAGGAAAACACAAAAUAAAAAUGCGUACAAGAAAGUGGUACAUGAGAAUAUUCUAUCAUUUGCUAGAUGUGAUGCUGAUAAAUAGCUGGCUUUUAUAUAAAAGAGUAGAGACGCAGAGAGAAAACACAAAAAUGAUGAAGUUACGAGAAUUCCGACUGGAGGUGGCCAAAGCAUUGUGUUGGUGUGGACCGUCAAUAAUAAAGAAGAGAGGAAGACCCUCCUCAUUUGUAUCUGACAUGCUUGAUGAAAGAAUCAAAAGGAAGCCAAAACUCAAUGUACCACCAAAAGAUGUCAGGACCGAUGGAAUGGAACACUUUCCUAUUUGGUCUAACAUUAGGAAGCGAUCUAAGUUACCUGCUUGUAAGGGGAAAUCUUUUGUAAUUUGCCAGAAAUGUAACCAGGCACUCUGUCUCAACAAGGACAAGAACUGUUUUUUGUCAUUCCACAAAUAG